AUGCGUCUCAUCGCCACCUUCAUGCUUUCUGCCCAGCUGGCCUUGGGCCUGAAUUCCUUCACGGUCGAUUCUGACUGUGAUAGUCUUUUGGCGCAAGCUUUGGAUGGCGGACUUCCUCAGCCUGUACACUGGGCAAAGGCAGCCCUUGUUUGUAAAAGCGAUCCCACCAAAGACUGCUGCAUUUCGAGGAUCAAGAAUGGCCUUCCUCUGCCUCUUAGGUAUGACGACGCCGUCCCGUACUAUGAAAAGUGCGCGGGUGUUAGCGUCCCUAAACCACGCAAGGAGGACGACAUUGUCCUCCCAAGCCUUUCUUGCGAGCUGAUCCGCGACUUCCGCUGUGGAUUGGGAUUCGCUUCCGAGUUUUGCGACAUUGUAUACGCGGAACUGGAUCGUGAGCAGUGUUCGAAACAAACUGAAAAGGAUUGCUGUGGCGCUUACCCAGCAAAGAACCCAGAGGCAGUCCGACGCUACUACAGCAAAUGUGUGGGCACAUGCAAUGUAGUAACAGAAAAGGUUGUAGAACAAGAAGACUGCCUUGCGGUCGGCGAGUAA